CUUACCCUCCUGAAAAUGGGGGACAGUUGAGGUGGAUCCCAUUGGGGAGGAAUGCUGUCAUCUCCCACCUGUGAGCAACAGCCAGGGCAUCUCGAGGUCUCAGCCCUGUGGGUUUGGGUUUUAAUUCCUGUCAUUUAUUGGGCCAGAAACCUUCAUUAUCGCCUUGCAGCCCGUGUUUGUGGUGGCACUGGUGUAGGGUAGGCAGGAGGAGAGCCAAGCAAGGGGAAGAGGGACAGACCAUUUGUGUCUGAGAGCUUCAAGAGGGUAAUAUUUUAACUAAGAAAGCACACUUGCUGUAGCAGCUCAAAAUACCAUUCCUUCUGUGAGCAGACAGAAAUGGGGGGGGGAAAUAUAUAAUAAUAUAUAACUUUUAAAAAUCCUCUGUUCUAAGUAACUAUCAAUGUGGGAAACACCAUAGAGGAGAAACUGCCCUUCCUUCAUGCUGGAAAUCACUGCCAGCAACUUUGAAGCACAAGUUUAUAAAGCUGUUUUUGCUAUAAUUAAAAACUGCAAUCAGGAAGGUCUUCCGGUGCCGCUUGUAACCCAUGAAAAAGGCUGGACGCAAGAUGAAAAAGCUGCCCAGCACUUUAUUUAAAGCCGUUGGAUGACUACUGUGCUUAUUUUUUGCCCUGGUGAUGGCCAAGGCAGGGGGUGAGCCCCUGAGAGGUGGCUGUGCUUGGACGGUCCCCGUGUUGCAUGGUCCCAUCUUCUCUGGUAGCCAAAGGUAUUUUAUCUUAUAGCUGAAAACGAUGAAGUAUUUUCAAUCCAAGCUUUAUCUUGGAUUGAAAAAUCUGAUUUGAGGACACUGAGCCACAGAGAUGUAAAUGAGCCUGUCCCUGGCAGAGAGACACCAGGCAGCACAUUCCUCUCCGUGUUUCCUUAAAUAGGGCUGAUAUUUUUCCUCUAUCCUCCGUGUGAUCCGACUCCGAGCUCGAACAGCCCUGGGGUGGCUGGGGAGAAGCCCUGUGGAUUAAAUCACACACACACAAAAAAAAAAAAAAAAUUCUGCAAAGACCAUGUGCUUCUGCCUAACGGGCGGCAAGGCGAACAGAAACACGAGAGGCUGGAGAAGCUGCUGCCAUGGCCACCGGUUCAUCUAGAGCAAGGGAAGGGGGAGAAGGAAGCACCCACCGCACCGUCCCGCAGCAUCGGCCAGAUCCUGACCGCCUGGGCUGUGACCCCACCGGCUGCGGAGGUGGCACAGCCCGACCCUGGCCAGAGCGAGGAAGGCUUGGAGAUGCCGAGGCAGUCGGCCACCGAAGCCGGUUCAGGAAAGGAAAUUUCCAGCCGAAACAGCAUUUGGAGCAUUUAGCGGAGAAGCUGAAGCUCUUGGACCUGGAAGGGGGCAGGGAGGAGAAGGAGCAUCUCUGCUCGUGGCGCAAGAGGACGAUCGCCUUCAGGGGUGACGCAAAAGCAUCUGGCUCCAGCCGUGACGGACCAAGGGCUCGUGGAAGUCCCACUACAGCCGACGUAGAGGAAUCCGCCCAGGAGGACAGGGAGCAAAUGCACAGUGACCUGGAGAAGCUCAAGAAACAACGGGAAGAGAUUUUGGAAUUGAAAAUAAGUGGAGAGAGGCGAUGUCAGGACUAUUUGACACAGACAGAGGUCGAGAGACAGAAGAUUGUGUCCGAAUUUCGGCAGCUGCGCCGGUUUCUGAAGGACCAAGAGCUUAUCCUCCUGGCUCGGCUGGGAGAGCUGGACAGAGAGAUGAUGAGGAGGCAGGAGGAAGAGGAGACCAAGAUAACAGGGGAGAUUUCACUCCUCGAUGUCCUGAUCUGCGAGGUGCAAAAGAAGCUUGAGCAACCUGCGAGCAGGUUCCUGCAGGAUGCCCGAAGCACUGUGGACAGGGGGAAGGUGGGCAGUGCCCAGAGGACAACGGAGACCUUCUUGGACCUGGAGCGGAGGCUUCAUGUCAUUUCUCAACAAAACUGUGUCCUCAGAGAGAUGCUGGGGAGAUUUCAAGAUGUUUUGCUAUCUGAACUGGAGAAAGAGCAAGGACCAUCUCUAGGAGGAGAUGGAAAAGCAUUCGUGACUUUGGACCCUGACACAGCCAACACGCGGCUCAUCCUGUCCCGGGACCGGCGGGGGGUGAGAUGGACAGAUGCAGGGCAGGAUCUGCCCACCACCCCGCAGAGAUUUGAUGCCUCCUGCUGCGUUCUGGGCUGCCAGGGCUUCACCGUGGGGAGACACUGCUGGGAGGUGGAGGUGGCCGGAGGCAGGACCUGGGCGCUGGGGGUGGCCCGACACUCUGUGCCCAGGAAGGGCUGGCUUGAGUUUCAACCAGAGAAGGGGAUCUGGGCGAUGGGGCGAUGUGGGAAUCGGUACCGCGUCUUCACUUCCCCCAUCACCACCUUCCCCGCCACUGGGGAAACUGGGAGGGUGCGGGUGGCUCUAGACUAUGGAGGGGGGCAAGUGACAUUUUACCUCGCCGAGUGUGAGCCCCCCAUCUUUACGUUCCGUAAAGCUUCAUUUGGUGGGGAGAGCAUCUUCCCUUUCUUCUGGGUGGGGAGAGGCUCCCACCUCCGCCUCUGCCCAUGAGCUUUCCCUGCCCUCACCCAGUCCAGCUUUGGGAUGUGUUUUCUGAUCGUUGUGCCCCUUUUUCCUUUUUUUUUUUUUUUUUUAAUGAUGUUGCAAGAAAAUACCUUCUAGCAGAAUUUGCUCAAAAAAAAAAAAAAAAGAAAAAAUUUGAUUUUCUUUCCUUGUUUAAAGUUGUGUGGCAGCUAUCAGGGCUGUGGGAAGGGCCAAGCCCUGGGAUGCAGCUCUGGGAUGGCUCCAGGCAGGGAGUGGGAUCAUGUCCCCCUCUCUUCCCCAGGGAAAAGCUGGAUUUUUCCUUCCUCCAUCCUUCCUGGUGAGGAUGUGCAAGAGAGCAAAGGGACCUGGAGUAGAAAUGCAGGGAGUUGUGCAUGCCCCACCAUCACCUCCUUCCUUAGAGCAAGCCACAGCAUGGAGCAAGAAGAGGGGUGCAGGUAUUUGCCCCCCCCCAACCGUGGGGACCCAUAGGGCUGCAGGUGGGUCCGGAGCAGCUACAGGGUGAUGGGAUAUUUCUCGCAGCCCUCGGAGCAGAUGGAGCCUUUUUCACCAGGGCACAGCUGCCAUCAGUGGCAGAGCCCAAGCUGGGGAACCUGCAAGAGGGAAGAGAAGGUCCCUCUCCUUCAUGGGAAGGAGAGAAAAAGCUCCUGGAGGCCCCCCAGGAGCAGGACCCAGACUGGCUUUUAGGAACGUGGUGGCUUGGGGACAAACCCAAGGGAUGCUCUGGACUCACUGCUUGGUGUCCAGCACGGAGCCUUGUCCGGCAUCACCACGAGCCCGAUCCAGACUCGCGAAGGCACUGGGCACGAGCUGUUGAGCAGCUCCGUCGGCUCAGAGCCUGGGCUGGCAACCGUGCCAAGGACAGGACCUAACGCUGUGUCGGGAGUCGGGAGGAGACCUCUUCCCAGGUCUGACCAGCUGGCUCUUUGCUUUGGCCAUGGGAGACCUGGCGCGUUGUCUGGAAAUGUCAGGGAUUCUUGAAAAAAAGAUGCGGAGAUGGUGCCUUGAGGCGCUGGAGCUCGGCAGCUCAGUUUUGCUCUGCCAAGCCUUAUUUAUGGGAGAUCUGGGGUCAUUUGGCACCGAGGCUCUCCGGUUCCGUGCCUGGUCCCACAGCCCCUUCGGGACCUGUGCUGCGUCUGGUAUCUGAGCGUAGAAAGAAAUUCCAAACCUGGGGCUAUUUUAAAUCGAUAUUUAGCAAUAUCUAUUGUUGCUGCUGCUCUGGGGUUUGGUUUUGAACCAGAGCCGGGGGCUGGAGGGCGGGAUGUUGCUGGGGCUGGGUUUGCCCUGGGUUGUCUAUAGGACCACCCUGCUGCUCCAGCCCGGGGGGCAGGGGUAGGACCCCCCCCGCUCCUUCCAGACUCCCCCAGGGCUGCGUAUGUGCUCCUCAAAACCCCUCGAGCUAGAUACGGGCUUCCCCUGGUCCCCCUCCCCAGGUCUAGGUAUGGCCCCAAUGGCCCCCUCCAUAGCUGGGUAUGACCCCCCCCCUCCGACACCCAUAUGCGGCUAUGGGUACAGCCCCUCGGACCCCCCCCUGCACCCCUUCUAUUGGGUCCGGGCUCCCCCUGUGUGAGGAUGGGACCUUGGGGACACAUCCUUCCUGGGGCUCUGAGGUCCCCAAGGUGAGAAGGAGAAGGAAGGAAGAAGGAAGGAGAAGGAAGAAGGAAGGAGAAGGAGAAAGAAGGAAGGAGAAGGAG